GACGCUGCCUCACUCAUAGUCUCAGACAGGCUGCCGUCACCUUUCCCAAGACUUGAGCAGCUCGAGAACGAGAUAGGGAGGCAGCUCAUCUUCCGAUUUCCACCUUCAGGUCGCCGGCGAAUGUUCGGAGGUCUGGUCUCUUUGACGCGGCGAUGAUCUCUCUCACUUGCGCUCAACUCUCCUCGUCCUCGCUCAGGCCUCCGCUCCCCCGCUUCACCCUUUCCCUCCCCGACCUCAAACCCUUGCGGGCCCGCCCCAGAAUCCCUAACAAGAGGAGGGUCAGGAAUGGGGGGCCGUGCAGGGCGGAGCUCUCUCACGACGCGCCAUUUGCUGCUGCCAUCGGUGCGUGCAUGCUCAGCUCCGUGAUCCUCCCGGUCGCUACUAGCUCAGAGGAGGAUGGUGACGCGGCAAUGGACUCGACCGAUGCAAGGUUCGCGGUGAUGGGGAUCAUUAGUUUCAUCCCUUACUUCAAUUGGCUGAGUUGGGUGUUUGCAUGGCUUGACACGGGGAGACGACGAUAUGCAGUUUAUGCACUUGUUUAUCUCGCUCCAUAUAUAAGGUCAAACUUGUCUCUGUCUCCUGAAGAGAGCUGGUUGCCCAUCGCCAGUAUAGUCUUUUGCAUCAUUCAUGUUCAGCUAGAGGCGAGCAUAAGAAAUGGGGAUGUUCAAGGCUUCCAAUUAUUUAGUGAGGCUGCAAGAAAGAGAGAUACCCAUUCCAAAGGCCAUCGAGAACUAUCGGAGGAAGAGAGACAACGCAUGAACCUUCCAUCUGCUGAUAAGAGGUCCACGAAUGAGAUCCGACAGCGGGAUAUUCCUAGGAAGCCAGUGCGGGAUCAGGAAAGUUUAAGAGAGGAUUGGGAUGAUGAUGAUGAUCACAGAAGGGAGCCAUAGAGAUAUGGUUUGGCUGGGAUAGUAAAAGAUCAUGGUUAAACGAAAAUUGAAAUUUUGAGUCGCUCUUUUCGAUCGGUGUCUCGUAAACAUAUGAUGUACUGGAGCUCUCAAGGAGAUGAUGAAAUUUUUUAUCUUCUAUGGACUGCUGCUGAAGAUGCUGCUGCAAGAGUUAUAUGGGAGACAAGGAUUUUGCUUUUUCCGUUUACGGCUUUACGCACCCUAAGGAACAUGAUUGUCAAUGCUUCCCCUUUGCUUAAAAGCAUAGCAUCUAAAUGAUUUAAAAGGUUUGGACUGUUGGCAA